CUCUCUCUCUCUCUCUCUCUCUCUCUCUCUCUCUCUCUCUCUCUCUCUCUCUCUCUGCUCUCCUUGUCUGUCAGUGUGAUCAAUGGCUUGACUUCCUCCUUUUGGUACGGCUGUAGGCUGUAUACAAGAACACAGGAUCUGCUUGGCGAUACGUUCAGUUUCACAUCAGCGGUUACAUUAGCUUGAAGAGAAUUACACCUUGAAAACACAACGGAUUUACUCUGCAGUCAAGAUGAGUGCAGGGGAUGAGGUCUGCACCGGCUGGCUCAUCAAAUCUCCCCCUGAAAAAAAACUGAAGAGAUUUGCGUGGAGGAAGCGAUGGUUUGUGCUUCGCGGCGGGCGCAUGAGCGGAAACCCUGACGUCCUGGAGUACUACAGGAACAAGACGUCUAGGAGGCCCAUCCGCACCAUCGACCUGAAGGAGUGUGAGGUCCAGCUGAUGCAGGAGCAGUGGCUGGUCAGGAGGGAGUUCCAGAACCAGCAUCUGUUCGUGGUGAAGACCUCCUCACGGGUCUUUUACCUGGUGGCCAAAACGGAGGAGGAGAUGAAAUGCUGGGUGUACAGCAUCAGCCAGAUCUGCCACUGCGGACCUCUGGACGAUGGAACAGUUUCAGAAUCAGAGGAAGGCUUCUCUCAGACCCCGACCUCUCAGCAGCCCUCGCCCGCGACGUCCUUUACAGGAAACCAUGACAGGCGAGCGACGCUGAACCAAUCAGAAUCCAGCUACCCCCGGGACUACCUCUUCCUGUCGCAGUGCAAGACUGGGGAUAGGGUCAGUAUCAGAAGUGACAGUUUUUCGAACUCGGAGAGAUCUCUGGAACAGAACUCGUCAGACAACACUAUCGAAGACUCCUUCUCGUCACCUCCAUGCACCGACCCCUGUCCGUCCCCCUUCCCCCUCACAGGACCCUGUCCAUCCCCCUUCCCCCUCACAGGACCCGGUCCGUCCCCCUUCCCCCUCACAGGACCCGGUCCAUCCCCCUUCCCCCUCACAGGACCCGGUCCGUCCCCCUUCCCCCUCACAGGACCCGGUCCGUCCCCCUUCCCCCUCACAGGACCCGGUCCGUCCUCCUUCCCCCUCUCAGGACCCUGUCUGUCCCCCUUCCCCCUCACAGGACCCUGUCUGUCCCCCUUCCCCCACGCCAGGACAUCCGAACCCCCCUUUAGCGCUCCCUGCGCCCCCACCUUUCUUGACAGGCCGUUCAACUUCUCAUCUUCAUCCUCCUCUCCACCAAACCUUCAUCGCACCCCCGACGUUUUUCAGUUCGACAAGCUCUAUUCUUCUCCCCUGUCGGAGGUGAGUGUGGAGGGGCAGACCCCUCCCCCUCUGCCCCCGAAGCCCGUUCACCUGUCGGAGGCCACGGCGGAUGAGGGUGCGGGGGGGUCCCUGGGGGCCGCAGGGGGUCUAGCUGCUCCUCUCCCCAGGAGGAUAUCGCUGUCAAGCCUGGACUAUCCCAGAGGAGAUGUUGAAGGCAGUGCAGUGAGGAACUGGAACAAACGACUAAGUCUUAAUUUGAGUCCCUUUGGAGGCCGACAGAGCUACCUGGACGACUCGUACGUCCCCAUGGCCUCCCCCGCUCUCUGCGGAGGAGAGGCGGGGUCAGACGGCUACCUCCCCAUGAGCCCCAGCUCCAUGAGCUUCACCAGCUCCAGCAUGAGCACAGACUCCGUCUCCCCUCUGGGGCUUCCGGCAGCGCUGGCCCCGCCGCCCGUGAAUCGGGAUCUUAAACCUCGCAGGAGGGCACGACCGCCCCCUCUAGAUCUGAGAGGGCUGUCCACCAUCAGGGAAUGCUCUCACCUUCCUCUGAGCAGGACCAUGACAGAGCCUGGAAGACAUCUGACAGCGGGGGUUAAAGAUCAAGACGUCAGCUGCAGUCCAAUAGAGUCCAGACAGCUGUUCCUCCCAUCGGCCGACACCACAGCCCAGCUCUGGGGCCGGAGAUCCAACCUCGACUACCUUUCUCUGGCCUUCAACCCAGCAUCUCCUUCUCCUGUACAGAAGAAGCCCCUGCUUGCUGAUGAGUACAGGGUGGACUACGUCCAGUUGGAUGAGAAGAAGACCCAGGCACUGAAGUAUACUCAGAUGGAGUGGAAGGAUGUGCGACAGUCCAAGGUGUGAAACAGAUGAUGUCACAAUGACAUCACAAUGUCACACGUGUACGCGCGUUGGCAUGGUCGGAUGAAGAAAGCAAACACACUUUGUAACACACCUGUUCAAAUAUAAACAUUUGAGGAUGGAAAGCGGUGUUGUCGGAAGGUGUCGAAACUCGUUGUCUAUGGUCUGGGG